AUGCGUCGGCCCUUUAUUGACUAUGUGCACCGCGCCACUGUGCUCAGCAUUCUUGGUCUGGCCGGAUGGGGUCUGUGGCUCACGGGCGCCGUGUACGUGAGCCGGAUUGGCAAUACAGACAGGUAUCCGUACGGAGGACGGAAUCGCGACACCAUGACAGAGGUCGUGGGACGUAUCGUGGAACGAUGGCAGGAAGUGAGCGAGAAAAAGGCUCAAGAGAAAAUCGCCGCUGAGCGCUCAUCCACAUCGUAG